GUCGAGGUACGAUUCCCACAUUUCUUGGGAAACCUCGGAGAGAGACAUAAAAGGAAAUUCCAGAACGAACACGGAGAAACAAAGUGGGGAGAGUCCGCCAUGGGAGCUGCUUCAAAGCUCCAAGCUUUCUGGAACCACCCAGCCGGCCCGAAAACCAUUCAUUUUUGGGCCCCGACGUUCAAAUGGGUGAUCAGCAUAGCAAACGCGGCCGACUUCACAAAACCGCCCGAAAACAUCUCCUACCCUAUGCAGCUUGGUGCUCACCUUCUCCUACAAUAUCCUUGGUUGCUUGCAGCGGACUCAUCUGGUCACGCUAUAGCAUGGUGAUCAUACCGAGGAACUUGAACCUGGUGGGUGUAAACAUGGCUAUGGCUGGGACGGGAUUUUAUCAACUCUCUCGGAAAAUCCGGCAUGAUCACUUUUCCGAGACGGAGACCACUGCAGAUCACGAAUGACGGAGCAGAUCAAAACGGAUUGAUGCUUGUUUGGCUUAUCCUAUGACCAUGCUUUUGUUAAUUAAUCGGGAUAACUUCUUGUUCUAGGUGAAUGGGAGAUGACCCUUGUUAUUUAUUAAAGUGGCUCUAAUGUUUCAGCAAACUCUGAUAAAGUUCAGCCUGAAGUCGGAUAAUUUCAGUUUUCUCAUGAUCGCAUUUACUAUC